AUGUCUUUCUUCUCAUCAUGGAUCAAAGCUGUUUUCAUCAUUUUCUUUGCAUUUCUUCUUUGCUCCGAAGCUUUCCUCCGAUAUAAAAUAAAAAUGCACAAGACAAACUGUAUGUCGUUCAUACUUUCAUCAUACGUUUGUACUGGAGACCAUGAGCCAGUCUGUGCAACCAAUGGUCAGACUUACCGUAAUAUAUGUAUUCUCUGCAGUGAAAAGAUGCUUCUUCGUGAAAAUUUUGAAGUUGCUCAUUUUGGUGUUUGUUGA